GCGCACGCUUCUUUCUGCCGAGCCGCGUAGAGCCUGUGGCAGGUUGGCUCCGCGUGUGCACGCGUCCGUCUGAGCAGAGGCGAGAGAUCGUUUAGCAAUGGAGGAGAAGGACCAAAAGCAGCAUCGUAAGAAGCAUAGUGGGCCAAAGGCUGACAAGAAAAAGAAGCGUCAUUUGAAAGAUUUGGGACUUGAAGAUGAGGAAGAUGCCCGGAAGAGAAACCCAAAGGCCUUUGCAGUCCAGUCUGCAGUCCGAAUGGCCAGAACUUUCCACAGGACUCAGGAUUUGAAGACAAAAAAGCAUCACAUUCCAGUGGUUGAUCGCACUCCUUUAGAGCCUCCACCUGUGGUGGUGGUUGUAGUUGGCCCUCCAAAAGUUGGAAAGAGCACCUUGAUAAAAUGCCUUAUUAAGAAUUUCACAAGGCAGAAGCUAGUUGAAAUCCGAGGUCCUGUAACAAUUGUGUCAGGGAAAAAGCGCAGGCUAACAAUAAUUGAAUGUGGAUGUGAUAUUAAUACAAUGAUUGAUCUGGCUAAAGUUGCUGAUCUGGUUUUGAUGCUUAUUGAUGCCAGUUUUGGUUUUGAAAUGGAAACAUUUGAGUUUCUGAACAUUUGCCAAGUGCAUGGCUUUCCCAAGAUCAUGGGCAUUCUUACACACUUGGAUACCUUCAAGAAUAACAAACAGCUCAAGAAGACCAAAAAGAGAUUAAAACACAGAUUCUGGACUGAAGUGUAUCAGGGUGCCAAAUUAUUUUAUCUUUCUGGGAUGGUACAUGGAGAAUAUCAAAAACAGGAAGUCCACAACCUUGGGCGUUUUAUUUCCGUGAUGAAAUUCCGGCCUCUUACAUGGCAGACGUCUCAUCCAUAUGUUCUAGUGGACAGGAUGGAAGACUUGACAAACCCAGAAGAUAUCAGAGUUAAUCCAAAGUGUGACAGGAAGGUUUCACUUUAUGGUUACUUAAGGGGAGCCCACUUGAAGAACAAAAGCCAAGUUCACAUGCCAGGCGUUGGGGAUUUCACUGUGAGUGAUGUCAGUUUCCUGCCAGACCCUUGUGCACUUCCUGACCACCAGAAGAAACGUUCCUUAAAUGAGAAGGAGAAGCUGAUCUAUGCUCCACUGUCAGGUGUGGGAGGCUUAGUGUAUGACAAAGAUGCCGUUUACAUUGACCUUGGGGGGAGUCAUGCACAUCAAGUCGAAGAGGAGGACGCAAGACCCAACCAUGAAUUAGUCCAGAGCCUCAUCUCCACACACUCAACCAUUGAUGCCAAGAUGGCUUCAAGCAAAGUCUCUCUCUUCAUGGAUUCCAAACCGCUGGGGACCGAGGACAUUGAAAACCAAGGCAUUUUUGCAAUGCCUCAAGAAGAGAAGAAAAUUGACCCCCAGACUGGGAGGGUACGUCGGAAAGCACUGUUUGAAGAUGAAGAAAACGAAGAUGGUGGAAGUGAUGAGGAAGAUGAAGAAAUGUCUGAGGAGGAGGAGGAGGAGGAGGAGGGAGAACAAAGUAAUAAAGGUUUUCCAGACCAAGGACUGUUUUUGAGAUCAACCAAGCAGCUAAAAAAAGAAAACGAGCAAGCAACUCUAGUAGAAAUCCCAGUAUUUGCUGACAGUGAUGACAAUCUUGAGAUGAGUUCAGAUGAGGAAGAAAGAACUGGUCUUGAUGGGAGCAAGGAAGAGGCAGAUGGCAUCAGACAAGAAAGUGAGGAGGAAAGUGUUACUGAUUCUGAAUCUACACAUAGAAAUAUGGAUUUAUCAUGCAGCCCUAUACACUGCGAUGCAAACAAGAAUGACAAAAAAAUGAGAAAGGAUAGAAACUUGCGUAAAAAGGUGGCUGCUACUACAGAUUCUGGAAAUGAGACGGCUGAAGAAAUGUCAGUGUCUGACUUAGAAGAAUCCUCCUUGGAGGAGGAGGGAGGAUCAAUUGAUGGUUCUGAUACGGAAGGAUCAGAUGGAGAAGAUUCUCAGCCACAGGGGGCUGAAGUUAAAACAUGUGCAUCAAAGUUUUUAAAAGAUGAGGAUGACAUUGAAUGUCUGUUGAAGGAGGAAGAAUACAAUGAGGCAUCUGAUUUUUCUGCAGACACAGCUGGUGCACUUAAAUGGAAAGAAGGCCUUACUCAAAAAGCGGCAGAAGCCUUUCUGAGGCAACAACAGUCGGCUCCUAAUCUCCGCAAACUUGUUUAUGGAACAGUGGCUGAAGAUGAGGAGAAAGAAGAAGAAAAUGAAGAACUUGGAGGGUUGUUCCGUGUUAACCGUCCCAGCAAAGAAUCCAAACGAAAAGCUGACGCCCUUGACUGCUCCAAAUUCCCUGUGGAAUCCCCACAAGACUGGGACUUCGAUGAGGUUAUGGACAGUAUCAGAGACUGUUUUGUGACUGGAAACUGGGAAGCUGAUAAAGAUGCAGCAAAACUGUUGAAAGAUGAUGAGGAACUAUAUGGUGAUUUUGAAGAUCUUGAGACUGGAACUGUACACAAAGGCAAACCAGAUGAUCAAGGAGAUGAGGUGGAAGAUGAAGAUGGUCGGGAGCAAAGUGAGGGGAAAGGUGGCAAGGCUGACGAGGAAGAGGAGAGGAAGAAGCGCAUGGAUAAGAAGCAGAAGCUGAAAGAGAUGUUCGAUGCCGAGUACGACGAUGGAGGUGCCACCUAUUUUGAUGACUUAAAAGAGGCGAUGCAGAAACAAGCUCAGUUCAACAGAGCUGAAUUUGAAGAUUUAGAAGACGAGGCCAGAGUUCAGUAUGAGGGCUUCCGGCCUGGCAUGUAUAUCCGGGUAGAACUUGAGAAUGUCCCUUGUGAACUCUUGUUGCAUUUUGACCCACACUAUCCAAUUAUCCUAGGCGGCCUGGGAAACACCGAAGGAAAUGUGGGAUAUGUACAGAUGCGUUUGAAGAAACAUCGCUGGUAUAAGAAAAUUCUCAAGACUCGAGAUCCUCUGAUCUUCUCAUUAGGGUGGAGGCGGUUUCAGACCAUUCCUCUGUAUUACAUCGAAGACCAUAAUGGCCGUCACAGGUUACUCAAGUACACCCCACAGCAUAUGCAUUGUGGGGCAACGUUUUGGGGUCCUAUCACGCCACAGGGGACAGGGUGUUUGGCGAUCCAGUCAGUGUGUGGUACUACACCUGAUUUUCGAAUAGCUGCAACUGGAGUUGUGCUUGACUUAGAUAAAUCUUUAAAGAUUGUGAAGAAAUUGAAGUUGACUGGUUUCCCAUUCAAAAUUUACAAGAAUACAGCAUUUAUUAAGGGGAUGUUUAACUCUGUAUUAGAAGUGGCUAAGUUUGAAGGAGCAGCCAUCCGCACCGUGAGCGGUAUCCGAGGGCAGAUUAAAAAGGCCGUACGGACACCAGAUGGUGCUUUCAGAGCGACAUUUGAAGAUAAGUUGCUAAUGAGUGAUAUUGUCUUCUUGCGGACUUGGUACCCUGUGUCCACCCCAGCCUUCUAUAAUCCAGUGACUUCCUUGCUUAAGCCUCUGGGUGAAAAAGAUUCCUGGACAGGAAUGAAAACAACAGGCCAGUUAAGGCACGAGAAGGGCAUCAGGCUCAAACAAAACAAGGACUCGCUGUAUAAGCUUAUCGUGCGGGAGAAGAAGCAUUUCAAUAAGCUACAUAUUCCCAAAGCACUCCAGAAGGCCUUGCCAUUUAAGAGCAAGCCUAAGAUCCAAGAAAGAAAAGCAAAGGUCACAAAGGACAAGUGGAGACCGACUGCUAUCAGAGAGCCUCAUGAAAAGAAGAUCGCAGCACUUCUGUCCGCUUUGAGCACAGUGCACAACUACAAGCUGAAGAAAGCUAAAGUGAAACACCGGCAGCAGCUUAAAAAGCACAUUAAAGGGAAACAGAAGGAGGAGGAAGAGAAGCUGAAGAGGCAGAAGGAAGCAAAGAAGAAACUUUAUCGUAUUCUUGGCCAACGGGAGAAGAAGAGGCAAAAGUCAAGCCUGAAGGGAUCUGCUGAAAGAGAGAAGUGAGCUUCUAGCCAUUGUCUACAGGAAGCAAAAAGUCAUUGAACUCUGGAGUGCCCAAUGAGGAAGGAGACCCAAAUACUGUCAGUAGGUUAUGGACUCCUGUGAUCUUGCCUCAGGAAAUGAUGGGAGAGACGCAAGUAUGACAUUUGGAAAACUGCAAUCAUGGUUUUAUGGUGUCUGCCACAAUACACUUAGGGGAUUCAAGUGCAGGCCUUGAGCACUGUGCAAUAUCUGAUCGUUAUUAAACUUUUUGAUUUGCUGAA